CAAAACCAUCGAAGAGAAGCGAAAACAUGGAUGACGAAGUCGCUGCGCUCGUUGUUGACAACGGAUCCGGAAUGGUGAAGGCCGGCUUUGCCGGAGACGACGCUCCCAGAGCUGUCUUCCCUUCCAUCGUUGGACGCCCCCGCCAUCAGGGAGUCAUGGUUGGAAUGGGUCAGAAGGACAGCUACAUCGGAGACGAGGCCCAGUCCAAGAGAGGUAUCCUCACCCUGAAGUACCCCAUCGAGCACGGUAUCGUCACCAACUGGGACGAUAUGGAGAAGAUCUGGCACCACACCUUCUACAACGAGCUCCGUGUUGCCCCCGAGGAGCAUCCCGUCCUCCUCACCGAGGCCCCCCUCAAUCCCAAGGCCAACCGUGAGAAGAUGACCCAGAUCAUGUUCGAGACCUUCAACACCCGGCCAUGGAUACGCUCUUCCCACGCCAUCCUCCGUCUCGACCUUGCCGGGCGCGAUCUCACCGACUACAUGAUGAAGAUCCUCACCGAGCGCGGCUACUCCUUCACCACCACCGCCGAGCGUGAGAUUGUGCGUGAUAUCAAGGAGAAGCUCUGCUACGUCGCCCUCGACUUCGAGCAGGAGAUGCAGACCGCUGCCCAGUCCUCCUCCAUCGAGAAGUCCUACGAGCUUCCCGACGGUCAGGUCAUCACCAUCGGCAACGAGCGCUUCCGCUGCCCCGAGGUUCUCUUCCAGCCCUCCUUCAUCGGACUCGAGUCGGCUGGCAUCCACGAGACCACCUACAACUCCAUCAUGAAGUGCGAUGUCGAUAUCCGUAAGGACCUCUACGGAAACAUCGUUCUCUCUGGCGGAACCACCAUGUUCUCUGGAAUCGCCGACCGCAUGCAGAAGGAGAUCACCGCCCUGGCUCCCUCCACCAUGAAGAUCAAGAUCAUCGCUCCCCCCGAGCGCAAGUACUCUGUCUGGAUCGGUGGAUCUAUCCUCGCCUCGCUGUCUACCUUCCAGCAGAUGUGGAUCUCCAAGCAGGAGUACGAUGAGUCGGGCCCUUCCAUUGUCCACCGCAAAUGUUUCUAAAUUGUAUUUAUACGGGAUUAUUCGGUACUGAUGCAGGAAGGACGGACAGUGAGCGACUUGGACUCGAGCUCCCAUGCGGUGAGCUUCAGUCGAAGAUCUGCUCUGCCGUUUUUUGGCAGAACUCUUAUCACUAGCAAGUUUUGAAUCAAUGACCACUAAGCUGAGCGAUACAAACCAAAUGUAAUAAAACACUCUUUGGUUUUGAAAAA